AUGGAGGCCAUCCUGAAGCAUAUGGGGACAGUAGACUUGGAUAGGGAGAGAUUGAAUGUGUCCGUAAACCUGUUCUGUGCAUGCUCUGAGGACACGGCUGGGGAUGCCAUCGGGGCCAACAGCCUUGUGUGGUGCAGGAAAGCCAAACAGCAGUUCCAAACAGCAGCAGAGACAGAGCUGAUAGAGUGGGGGGAGGGGGACCAUGAGGAGGAGUUCUCCCCCAGCGGAUCCGGGGAAAAUCCCAGAGUUCUCAAGCCCCUGAGGCUGUUCGCUAGGGGGGUCCCUGGAGCCCCCGGGGCCGUCGGGACCCCCAGCCUUAAACGCAACCCCAUCAGGGACAUGACAUACCUAGAGAGCAUGGAGGACUUCUGGGAUUGGUUAUCCAACCAGACAGAUGUUCAGGCCAGCCAGGCCAGAACCAAGCGACGACCCAUCAUCAAGACAGGCAAGUUUAAGAAGAUGUUUGGCUGGGGAGACUUCCAUUCCAACAUUAAGACUGUCAAACUCAACCUGCUGAUCACCGGGAAGAUCGUGGACCACGGUAACGGAACGUUCAGCGUUUACUUCCGCCAUAACUCCACUGGCCUGGGGAACGUGUCGGUGAGUCUGGUGCCGCCGUCUAAAGUGGUGGAUUUUGAGAUAUCUCAGCAUUCCACACUGGAGACCAAAGACUCUAAAGCUUUCAACUGUCGUAUCGAGUAUGAAAAGACGGACCGCAACAAGAAGACAGCUCUGUGCAGCUUCGACUCCUCCAAGGUGUGUUACCAGGAACAGACACAGAGCCACGUCUCCUGGCUCUGCUCUAAGCCCUUUAAAGUCAUCUGCAUCUACAUCGCCUUCUACAGUAUGGACUACAAACUGGCGCAGAAGGUCUGCCCGGACUACAACUACCAUAGUGACACUCCCUACUCUUCCACUGGCUGAAGGUCUGCCGGACUACAACUACCAUAAUGACACUCCCUACUCCUCUACUGGCUGAAGGUCUGCGAGACUACAGCUACCAUAAUGACACUCCCUACUCUUCCACUGGCUGAAGGUCUGCCCUGGACUACAGCUACCAUAAUGACACUCCCUACUCUUCCACUGGCUGAAGGUCUGCCGGACUACAACUACCAUAAUGACACUCCCUACUCCUCCACAGGCUGAAGGUCUGCCGGACUACAACUACCAUAAUGACACUCCCUACUCCUCCACUGGCUGAAGUCUGCCGGACUACAACUACCAUAGUGACACUCCCUACUCCUCCACUGGCUGAAGGUCUGCCGGACUACAACUACCAUAGUGACACUCCCUACUCCUCCACUGGCUGAAGGUCUGCCGGACGACAACUACCAUAGUGACACUCCCUACUCCUCCACUGGCUGAAGGUCUGCCGGACUACAACUACCAUAAUGACACUCCCUACUCCUCCACUGGCUGAAGGUCUGCCGGACUACAACUACCAUAAUGACACUCCCUACUCCUCCACUGGCUGAUCCUGUCUGUAGCAUGUACCUGGAACUCCCAUAGAGUUAGUUUGACCAAGUAUUACCAACCCUGUUUGACUUUUGAUAAGAAAAAGUUUAUAACCAACCCUGCUUCUGUUCCGGUUAACCGUUGGGGCCGACCAUUCUGUUAGUUUGACCACAAUCUGGCCUACCAUUCUCUUAGUUUUAAUACAAUAUGACCAACCCUGGCCGAACGUUCUGUUAGUUUGACCACAAUAUGACCAACCCUGGUCGACCGUUCUGUUAGUUUGUUAGUUUGACCACAAUAUGACCAACCCUGGCCGACUGUUCGGUUAGUUUGACCACAAUAUGGCCAACCCUGGUCGACCAUUCUGUUAGUUUAUCCACAAUAUGACCAACCCUAGCCGACCGUUCUGUUAGUUUGACCACAAUAUGACCAACCCUGGUUCGAUUGGCCAAGCCAAACCUUCUGUUCCUCCUCCUCAUCAUCACAAUGUGUUCUUAGUAAAUCCCAGUCCAUUAGAACAGUCCAGGUGUGUGGUAAUGGGGUAGACCAUAGACUCUCACUACUACAUGAC